UUAUCCUCCAGCCCAAACUGGCAGAGCGCAGAGCGCAGAACGCGAGCAGAGAGCGCAAACGCAGAGAUGGCGACGAUGUCCCUCGCCGCGGCCUCACCCCUCACCUCCACCGCCCGCGGCCUCGCCGUGUCCACGCCCCGCACCUCAUUCCUCGGCCUCCGCGCAUUGGGCGCGUCGGCGGCGCGGUUCCCGGGACUGGCUGCUGCGCCGCGGAGGGGCGAGGCGGCGGUGGUGAGGAUGGCGAAGCGGGAGCAGGAGCUGGAGGAGAUACGGGCCAUGGAGACGGAGAAGCUGGAGGAGGAGGUGGUGGACCUCAAGGGGGAGCUCUUCCUGCUCCGCCUGAAGCGCUCCGCGCGCCAGGAGUUCAAGUCCAGCGAGUUCGGCCGCAUGCGCAAGAGGGUUGCUCGUCUGCUGACUGUAAGAAGAGAAAGGGAGAUCGAACAAGGAAUCAACAAAAGACUGUCUAGGAAGCUUGACAGGAAAUGGAAGCUGGGCAUUGUGGUGAGACCACCACCAUCCAUGAGGGAGAAGAAGGAGGAGGAGUAGAAAAUAACGGGCAAUCUGCACAAGUCAUUUCACGCAUGUCUCGAAAGAAGGUUCCUUUCUCCCUGUGGUUUAACCUCUUAUCAUGGUUGUUUUGUAAUCCAGAGUAACAGUUUUUAAGUCCUUGCUGUUAAAACCAGAGCGUCUGUUACCAGUUCUUUUAUAAAUUUCAGUUUAUUUGAA